CAAAGCAACCCAUCACCAGAAAAAAAAAAAGCACAAAGAGAAAACAAAAAAAAAAUGGAGAUGUGGUUCUUCAUCCUCGCCUCUUUCUCCAUCUCUCUCCUCCUCCACGCCGCCUUCCGUCUCCGCCGCAGCUCCCGUCGCCUCCCGCCGGGCCCCGACAAUGCCAUCCCCUUUGUCGGGACCCUCCGGUGGCUCCGCCAAGGCCUCGGCGGUCUCGAGUCCCACCUACGUAACCUCCACCGCCGUCUCGGCCCCAUCGUCACCAUCCGCAUCACUAGUCGUCCGGCGAUCUUCGUCGCCGACCGCUCUCUCGCCCACCAAGCCCUCAUCCAAAACGGCGCCGUAUUCGCCGACCGACCUCCGGCUCCCCCGACAAGCAAGGUCGUUACCAGCAACCAACACAACAUCAGCUCUGCUUCGUACGGACCCACGUGGCGGCUCCUCCGCCGCAAUCUCACCUCCGAGAUCCUCCACCCCUCGCGCGUGAGAUCUUACUCCUACGCGCGUAAAUGGGUCUUUCAGAUUCUCGUGGAUCGGUUCCGCACGAGUGGUGGGCAAGAGGCUGUCGUCGUCGUCGAUCAUAUCCACUACGCCAUGUUCGCUCUUCUCGUGCUGAUGUGUUUCGGAGACAAACUCGACGAGAAACAGAUCAAACAGGUCGAAUUCGUUCAGCGAAGACUGCUUCUGAGUUUCGGCAGAUUCAAUAUCCUAAAUGUUUGGCCCAAGAUCACCAAAUUUCUUCUCCGGAAGAGAUGGGAGGAUUUUCUCCAGUUACGGCGAGACCAAGAAGCCGUGUUACUUCCUCUGAUUCGUGCCCGGAGGAAGAUAGUCGACGAGAACGCGAAAUCUGGGAUUUCCGACAGCGACAACAAAGACUAUGUCCUGUCGUAUGUCGACACUCUCCUCGAUCUCGAGCUCCCAGACGAGAAGAGGAAGCUGGACGAGGGCGAGAUGGUGAGCCUGUGCUCGGAGUUCCUCAACGCCGGUACCGACACGACGGCGACGGCCUUACAGUGGAUCAUGGCGAAUCUCGUGAAAUACCCAGAAAUCCAAAACCGAUUGCACGAAGAGAUCAAGGGCGUAACCGGCGGAACAGAGGGAGAAAUCAAAGAAGAAGAUCUGCAGAAGAUGCCAUACCUGAAAGCUGUGGUCUUAGAAGGGCUCAGGAGACAUCCGCCGGGACAUCUCGUGCUUCCACACAGUGUAACAGACGACACCGAUUUGGGCGGCUACUCGGUUCCGAAGAACGGUACGAUCAAUUUCAUGGUUGCAGAUAUGGGUUGGGACCCGGAGGUUUGGGAGGAUCCGAUGGCGUUCAAGCCGGAGAGGUUUGUCAAUGGCGAAGAUUCCGUCGACAUCACCGGAAGCCGAGGGAUAAAGAUGAUGCCUUUCGGGGUGGGACGGCGGAUUUGCCCAGGAUUGAACCUGGCACUGCUCCACCUCGAGUAUUUCGUGGCGAAUCUCGUGGCGGAGUUCGAGUGGAAAGCGGCGGCAAAUGAUGACGUGGACUUGUCGGAGAAGCUGGAGUUCACGGUAGUGAUGAAGAAGCCAUUGAAGGCACAUGCUGUGCCAAGAAUGAGAUGAAGAACGAGAGGUGGCGGGUUUAAUUUAGUAGUGUCGUUCAUGUUUGAUAUUUUGCUUUCUUGUGGGUUUUGGUGAGAUGAAUAAAUGGCACUUAUUUGAUGUUAUUGCAUGUGUAAUAAAUUUGGUACGAGGUUUUUCAAGAGCAAUAAAUUAAACUAAAAAGUAUGGAUUUCGUUA